GUUCUAUAAAUCACUUCCACCUGUAAGCAAGGCUUACGGGACUGCUUGUCUAGUUUUGACAACUGCAUGUCAAUUGGGACUGUUUGAUCUUGUUGAUAUUGCAUUAUUGUAUGAGCUAGUAUUCUCCCAUUUUCAGGUAUGGAGAUUGAUAACAAAUUUCUUCUUUCUUGGGAAGUUCUCAAUUAAUUUUGGGAUUCGCCUCUUGAUGAUAGCAAGAUAUGGAGUGCAACUGGAGAGUGGACCUUUUCAAAGACGAACAGCAGAUUUUCUGUGGAUGAUGAUAUUUGGAGCUUUGACAUUGUUGGCUUUAUCGCUAAUCCCCUUCUUCCGCUCCCCAUUCUUGGGCAUAUCAAUCGUUUUCAUGCUUUUAUAUAUCUGGAGUAGAGAAUUCCCAAACGCUAAUAUCAAUAUUUAUGGUCUUGUGACCCUAAAGGCGUUUUACUUGCCGUGGGCCAUGCUCGGUUUAGAUGUUAUUUUCGGAUCACCAAUUAUGCCAGAUCUCUUGGGGAUCAUUGCUGGACAUCUCUAUUACUUCUUAACCGUGUUGCAUCCACUUGCCACGGGGAAGAACUUUUUGAAGACACCAAUAUGGGUACAUAAGCUGGUUAUGCGUUGGAAGAUUGGAGCACCUACUGCUACUCCUGCACAACCUGAUAAUGCCGGUGCAGCUUUCAGAGGGAGAUAUUAUCGGGUUGGAGGAGCAACAGCUUAUCCUGCACAGCCUGAUAGGGGUUCUGGUGCAGCAACAACUGACACUGUGCAACCUGAUAGCAGUUCUGGUGUAGCAUUCAGAGGGAGAUCAUAUCGCCUUGGUGGGUGAGUUGCUGCAUUUUCCACCUUCAACCGGUAGCUUCAAG